AGAUCAAUAUGUUAAUGAGAGAAAAUUGACCUCCGUGACCCCAAAACAGGAAGCAAGAUGGCCGGACCUCAGGCAUAUCCACUGAAUUCCCUGGAACAAACUGAAGACCUGAAAGCGUUCGAGAGAAGGUUGAUGGAGUAUGUUGCAUCUCUGGGUCCAUCCACUGGAAGAUGUAGAAUUAUCCUGAUUGUGGUGUCUGUGUGUACGGCUACGGGUGCCUGGGGCUGGCUCCUGGACCCACGGACUUCUCAGGUGUCUUUCCUGCAGUCUCUGUGGAACCAUCCGUUCUUCACCCUGAGUUGCGUGGUGCUGGUCGGCCUGUUCCUGGCAGGGAUACACAAGAGAGUCGUUGCUCCAUCCAUAAUAGCACAAAGAUGUCGAACAGUUCUAGCUGACUACAAUAUGUCAUGUGAUGAUACCGGUAAGCUGAUUCUGAAGCCGCGUCCUGCCAACACAUGACAGUUACCUGCCGGUGAGACACACAUACGGGCCAGGGGGAAGGUGCUGUGGGUCAGGAGAGGCUCAGACAUAUGGGGUCCACCCGAGUAAUAUACACAAGCCCUGUAUGGGGCCCACCGGAGUAAAAUACAGAAGCCCUGUAUCAAUCUAGCUCUGGUUUGCCAAAUAUUCUUGCUGUCAUUAAGGGAAGGUUGUUUUCCAUUUGAUUUGAAUACGCACUUACAAUAUAGGC